GACAAGAAGUUAGUCCUUGGCGACAACAGUAUUGAAGUUUUCUCAAAGAAGUUCAUAAUUCCUGAGACACAAGUAAUUGAGGCUGUGAAGCAUAUACAAGAGAACGCAGUUGCUGCAAAUUUACGGAACGAAGAAAGAAAGAAAAGAACAAAGGAAAAAAGGGAAAAAAAAUUCGCCGACUAUGAUUGGAAAGCAUUGAUUGAAGAGGGAAAGUUAAGCGAUCUGCAUGUGUACGAGCUGGAUAAGUACUUGAAGGCGUAUAAACUCCCAUUAAAUAAACGAACAAAAAAGGACAAGAUCAAGAUGAUUAUAUCUCACUUUAAUAAGAAUGUAUAUUGUGAAGGAGUAGUUGUUGCGGACGAGGUACCAUCUAGUGAAAACGACAGUGAUUCUGAAAAUGAGUUGCUAGAAUUAAAUGAAACAUGGCCUUCCGACUCAGACUUUAACAAUACCGAUUCGACUGAUGCCGACGAAGCAGAACAGGCGUGA